CCCUAAACCACUCUUUUGUUUGUGAUCUUUAUACUCUCCGAGUGGCCUCCGGCGCCCAAGCUAGGGUUUAUCCCUCCCUACAGGUUGUAACCUUCGUCCGAUCAAGAGCAUGAAGAUGUAUACCGCCUUACAAAAGAUACACAAGGACAAGGAUGCUGAGCCCACUGAAUUUGAGGAGAAUGUUGCUCAAGCACUAUUUGAUUUGGAAAAUACCAACCAAGAGAUUAAGAGUGACCUGAAAGACCUCUACAUCAACUCUGCCUUGCAAAUUGAUGUUUCUGGAAGCAAGAAGGCUGUUGUGAUCCAUGUUCCUUAUCAGUUGAGGAAGGCUUUCCGCAAGAUUCAUCCUAGGUUCGUGAGGGAGCUCGAGAUGAAGUUCAGUGGAAAGGAAGUGGUUCUCAUUGCUACCAGAAGGAUACUGCGCCCACCAAAGAAGGGUUCAGCUGUUCAAAGGCCUCGAACACGCACACUUACCGCCGUGCAUGAAGCCAUGCUCGAGGAUAUUGUUUAUCCUGCUGAGAUUGUUGGAAAGCGCACCAGAUACAGGCUCGAUGGAUCAAAAAUCAUGAAGGUUUUCUUGGACCCCAAAGCAAAGAAUGACACUGAGAAUAAGCUGGAGACAUUCGCUGGGGUCUAUUGGAAGCUUUCAGGGAAAGAUGUUGUCUUUGAAUUUCCUGUGACAGAGCCCCGAAGACCUCUUACUGUUUCUAGAUUUAUUGUUAGUGCUUUCUUUAAUUGAAGAUGCAGAAUUUUAGUAUGAUGAGCUGUUUGAAGUUGACUUAUCGAAACGUCAGGCUUGCCUGGAUGGGUGCUCAUUUUUGCCAAAAGUGUUGAACAAC